AUGAUACAUGGACCAUGUGGAGAAGCGAACAAGCAUUCACCAUGUAUUGAGAAUGGAAAAUGUACUAAACAAUUUCCAAAACAGUUUUAUGAAAAAACAUUCCAAACCACUGACGGUUAUCCUAACUAUAGACGCAGGGAUAAUGGAACAACAAUUGAAAAAAAUGGAGCAAUUGUAGACAAUCGAUGGGUAGUACCAUAUAAUCCAUACCUAUUAGCAAAAUUUGUAGCUCACAUUAACGUUGAAAUAUGUACAAGUAUUACAUCAGUAAAAUAUUUGUACAAAUAUGUGUACAAGGGACCUGAUAGAGUCAUGGCAGUAACUGAACAAGUCUGUACAAAAAAUGAUUCCAAAAAUAUUAUCAAUGAAAUAACAAACUUUGUAGAUGCUAGGUACAUAUCUGCAUCUGAAGCAAGCUGGCGUAUGUUUCAUUACGAAUUACAUGACAGGUCACCAGCUAUUCAACGUUUAGCCGUUCAUCUUCCACACCAAGAAAAUGUUGUUUAUAAGGUCGGAAAUGCAGUGCACACCUUAGAACAUGCAAAAAACACUACACUUACUGCAUGGUUUAACAUAAACGCAGAGGACCCAAAUGCAAGAUCAGUGUUGUACCAUCAUUUCCCAGAACAAUAUACUUGGGACCCAUCUACAUCCACAUGGAAGCCUCGAAAAGCAGGAAAUAUGAUUGGUAGGGUAUACCAAGCAAAUCCAUCUGAAGGUGAACGCUUUUACCUAAGACUUCUCUUACACCACAUACCAGGGUGUAAAUCGUUUGAAGAUCUGCGAAGUUUAGAUGAUGGCACUAUUUGUGACUCUUUCAAAGAGGCAGCACUCAAACGUGGCUUUUUACAAGACGACCAAGAAUGGAUUGAAUGUCUACAAGAAGCAACUUUAUCUGCAUCUCCUGCACACAUAAGGUCACUUUUUGUUACAAUUUUAAUUUUCUGUGAGCCUUCAAAUCACAUAGUACUUUGGGAGAAUUUCAAAGGUCCUAUGUCUGACGAUGUUAAAUAUAAAAUGACAAAUAUCUGCGCGAACAACAAUGAAGAUUCUGUAACUAAUCGACUACUUACAGUUUUAGAAAGUCAACUCCGUAUUCAUGGAAAAUCAUUGUUUGAUUUCCCAGGAAUGCCACAUCUAACCGAGGAAAAUCCUUCAGAUAUGACAUAUGAACCAAACUUCUGCCCUGCUGAGCAAAAACAAAUAGCUGACAUGAAUGUGUUGAUGCUUAACACAGAUCAACGUAAAGUUUUUCAAGCAAUCCUGGAUGCUGUCCAGACUGAAACUAAACAAAAAAUAUUCUUUGUUGAUGGCCCUGGAGGAUCAGGGAAGACCUUUUUAUACAAUACUUUAUUAGCACGUGUCCGAUCGGAACAUAGGGUUGCCCUGGCUGUGGCAUCAUCUGGCAUUGCAGCCGAGUUAUUGAGUGGAGGGAGGACAGCUCAUUCCACAUUUAAAAUACCUAUCCCAAUACUAGAAACAAGUACAUGUAAUAUAAGCAAGCAAAGUAUAUUAGCAGAAUCAAUCCGUACCGCAUCAAUUAUUAUUUGGGACGAGGCUCCAAUGGUCCAUAAACAUGUUAUUGAGUGUGUUCACAGAACUUUCUGUGAUAUAAUGGAAUGUAAUGAUCCAUUUGGAGGCAAAAUUGUUAUGUUAGGCGGUGACUUUAGACAGAUUCUUCCGGUUAUAAGGCAUGGGAGGCAAGCCGACAUUGUCGAAAGUAACCUAAAGAGGUCAUUCUUAUGGCAGAAUAUACAAACAUUGCAUUUAACUAUCAAUAUGCGUGUUCGCACAAAUAAUUCAUUUUCUGAUGAAGCAUUUGAAAAAUUUCUUCUUCGUAUAGGCAAUGGAACACAGCAAAUUUUGGAUGAUGGACAAUCUACCAUUGAGUUACCAAGAUAUAUAUGUAUUGAGCCAAAUAAUAAUGGACUCCAAAAAUUGAUAGAUAGUGUAUAUCCAAAUUUGAAAACGGUAGAUCCUGAUAAUAGUUAUUUGGGAAGAGCAAUAUUAACUACCAAAAAUGAAAAUGUGGACAAAAUUAACACCUUAGUCAUGGAUCAAUUUCCUGCUACACCAUCAAACACCAAAAUUUAUCUCAGUGCUGAUGCAGUUGCAGAUGAAGACCAGCAAGGUCAUUAUCCAACUGAAUUUCUGAAUUCGUUAACACCGUCUGGAACACCUCCACACAAAUUGUACUUAAAGAAAAAAGCGCCCAUAAUACUUUUGCGCAAUUUAAAUCCUACAGAGGGAUUACUUAAUGGAACACGACUAUGUGUGCUUAACUUAGGCACCAGAAUUAUAGAGGCUAAAAUUCUAACUGGACAACAUUCUGGCAAUACUGUAUUUUUACCAAGGAUUACAAUCAUUCCAUCAGAUCCUGGACUUCCCUUUGACCUAAAACGCCGACAAUUUCCUAUUAGACCAGCCUUUGGAAUUACAAUUAAUAAGUCUCAGGGACAAACAUUAGAUCAUAUUGGUUUAGACCUCACAGAGCCAGUUUUCUCACAUGGACAAUUAUAUGUAGCCCUAUCUAGAGUCCGCUCUUUUCGUUCAUUAACAAUACUUCCUAACAAAGAUUUCUUCGUCAAUGAGAAAUACACAACACAAAAUAUAGUGUACAAGGAAGUUUUAAAUUAA